UAAGGAGGUAUGAUGGGAGUACUUAUGCUACCCAAUUUUUAUCGGAUGUAGCCUUUUUGAAUGGUGGCACAAGGGUACUUGCUUCUGACUCAUAUUGUGGAGUAAUAAAUGUGUGGGAUAGAAGAGUGAGCGAUCUUCCUCAAAUUGGGUUCACAACUUCUCACAUCAAUAGCGCCCCUUGCGGCGUUACUAACAUCCAGUUACUCGAAGAUCAAUAUAUAUACGGAGCUUGCAAAAAUGGCUUUAUAAAUAUAUGGGAUCUACGUGGUGGAAGAUCAGUAGCUUCUUUACGAAAUAAUGAGAUGUAUUCUUCUCCUCUAACAUCAGUAAAUUUAAUAUCUAUGCUGAAUUAUACCGGGCCUCUAAAGGAAAUACAUUCGAUCAACAUUAAUCCUUCUUGUCCAUAUCAGCUGGGUUUCCAUCUUCAAGAUGGUCGGUCUGGUGUUUUGGAUAUGCAUAAUUUCCAAGUGUCACAUAUCCAUUGCCCUCCCCCUUCUCCUUGGCUGGAUGGACAGAAUACUGCAAUCUAUGAAUCCACCCGAAGGAAACCAUCAUGGCUUCCUAAUCAUUCGAUUUAUGUAGUUCCGUCGACUUCUAGCAAUGGUCUUCAUCUUUUAGAUUUUUACCCACACAGCAGCUCCCCAUGCCAUGUAGAUCAUGGUGAUUCAAAGAGUACACGGACAAGUACUGUUGAGCGUAAGAAAAGUGCAUUUGUACCCUUAUCUAAACGUGUUACUGCUUGUGUCAUUCAUCCACUUAAUGACACCAUUGUUGCGGGAACCAUGGAAGCAUCCUUAUUAGUGAUUUCUCAAAAGCAUCUUUGCAAGAGAGGAGAUGACGAUGAUUAUCAUUCAUGAAACCAUGGAACUGUAAAUCAUGUUAAGAGUGAAAAGGUAGUUUAAGCAAUAGAGCAGUUUCUAGCGUAUUCAAUUUCUAGUCGUGGGUAGUCAGUAUACAUUUCAUGUUUCGUAUUCAAUUUCUAGUAGUGCAUGGAUACCUGGUAUACAGUUCAUGUUACUAUACAAACGGAUGCAAGCAGAUUUCAAGAAACGGGAAAGAAAAACACAAUUU